AUGGAUAUUCACGCUUUGGUUUCUUUAAAUGGGAAAAUGCCCUUUUUAUUUUUUCCCUUUCAGGUCCAGCCUGUGACCCGUAAGAAGCUCCAGCUAGUUGGUGUUACUGCAAUGCUGAUUGCUUGUAAAUACGAGGAGAUGUAUGUGCCGAUGGUUGGGGACUUUGCCUACAUCGCUGACGAUGCCUUCACAAAAGCUCAGAUCCGAGAGAUGGAGAUGCUGGUUCUCAGUGAGCUGAACUUUGAGCUCGGACGUCCUCUGCCCCUGCACUUUCUGCGGAGGGCUUCAAAGGCUGGGAAUGCUGAUGCUGAGAAGCAUACACUUGCGAAAUAUUUCCUUGAACUGACACUACUUGACUAUGACAUGGUCCACUUUAACCCUUCGGAGACUGCAGCUGCUGCUCUGUGCCUUUCUCAGCUUGUACUUGAUGGCCAAAAAUGGUCACCAACCCAGCAACACUACUCUUCCUAUGAUGAGACCCACCUGAAGCCUGUCAUGCAGCAUAUUGCCAAAAAUGUGGUUAUGGUCAAUGAAGGGCUCUCAAAGCAUGUGACCGUGAAAAAGAAAUACUCCAGCAGUAGGCUCAUGAAGAUCAGCCUUCUUCCCCAGUUGAAGUCGUCACUUGUGAAGGAUCUGGCUGCUCCUCUGCUGUCCAGCUCUUGAGGGCUUUUGUGGGAAUGGACACUGAAACCUGCACUUUAUUUUGUGUCAGCCAUUUUGGGAGAUGGACUGCUGCUUUUUAAACUGAUGUACAUAUUCUUGGAUUCUAUAUAAAUAAGCAUUUUCUACUUUUUAUGAAGAUUACAUUUUUAAUCUGAGGGUUUAAAUUUGUUUUUUUUGUAACCGUUUUUAUGAACUUGCUGGAGCUGUAUUUUAAUUUUUUUGCUUUACCUUUAUUGGGCAAAUUUAAGAUGGAAUCAAAUAAAAUCCAAAGAUUUAAUACCA